AUGAUGUUUCGUCUUCCACCACCACCUCGUUUUACACUUCCACCACCACCAAUGCUUUCAUCAGAUGAUAAUAUUAAUAGAAAAAUUCUAUUUCGAUUAACAUGUUCGUCUAUUCGACAACAACAGCAUCGAGAAAUCAGUAAUCUUCGUUUGAUUAUAAUCAGCUGUAUUAGUUUUAUAAUUAUUAUUCUUAUAUUUAUUCUCUUAUUUAUGUUAAUUCAAUUCUAUUGUCGACGAAGAUCUUUAUUUUAUAAGAAUAAAUCAAAACCACAAUCAACAUACAAUAUGAAAUCAAAUAAUGUAUCGAUGAGUAGUAGUCGUUCAUAUGAAACAAUCUCAACUGAACACAUGGGUACUUAUAUUGAAUCUAUAGAUACAUCAGCAACAACUUUCUCAACAGAUCCAAGUAAUGUUGUUACCUGUCUUUAUUGUCAUCAAGAACGUGAUUAUUCAAAUGCUUCUCUACCACCAUAUUAUCAUACACUUGAAAUUCCUCCUUCAUAA